AUGGCUUAUGAUAAGGAAUUAUUGCAUGCUGAAUUCAACAAUUAUUAUCACUCACUAACAGAUGAGCAGGAUGCUAUUUUUGAUAAGACUAUACGUGUUGUUGCAAGUCAAUCAAGUGGAGUUUAUUUUCUCUAUGGUUAUGGUGGCACUGGAAAGACAUUUAUCUGGAAAACUUUAUCAUCUGAUAUACGGUCUAAUGGAGGAAUUGUUGUAACAGUAGCUUCAAGUGGGAUUGCAUCAUUACUACUACCCGGAGGAAGAACAACACAUUCUAAGUUUUCUAUACCAGUUCCUACAACACAUAAUUCAACAUGCAAUAUUCUUCAAGGGAGUGACCUGGCUGAAUUGCUAAAAAUGACCAAACUAAUAAUUUGUGAUGAAACUCCAAUGUGUCACAUGUUUAGUUUUGAAGAACUUGAUAAAAGCUUAAAAGACAUCAUGCACAAUGAUAGACCUUUUGGAGGGAAGGUCAUUGUUUUUUGUGGUGAUUUCCGUCAAAUACUACCAGUUGUGCCAAGAGGUUGUUGGUCUGAUAUUGUGCAUGCUAGUAUAAAUGCAUCAUACAUAUUGGAUCAUUGUCAAAUUCUUAAAUUGACAAAGAACAUGUGUUUGCAAACCAAUGUUGCCAAUACCAAUAGUGAUGACCUCAAACAAUUUUUUGAUUGGUUAUUGGACAUAGGUGAUGGCAAACUUGGAGAACUUAAUGAUGGUUAUGGCGAAAUCAGCAUUCUUGAUGAGUUUCUUAUCAAGGACUUUAAUGAUCCUAUCCAGGCAAUUGUUGAGACAACAUAUCCUAACUUAUUACAAGACUAUAGCAACGGGGAUUUCUUGCAGAAAAGAGUUGUUCUAGUCUCUUCAAAAGAUGUUGUUGAUAGUAUAAAUGAUUAUGUCAUGUCUUUGAUACCUAGUGAGGAGAAAGAGUAUUGUAGUGUUGAUAGUGUUGAUAAAUCUGAUGAACUACUCAAUCCUGCAUUAGGAUUUCUAACACCUGAAUUUCUGAACUUAUUGAAAACAUCAAGAAUACCUAACCACAAGUUAAAAAUCAAGGUUGGCACUCCCAUAAUACUAUUACGAAAUUUGGACCAUGCAAAUGGGUUAUGCAAUGGAACUAGACUUUUGUGA